CAGAAGGCCCCAACGUGGUGCGUAACGUAACAUUCCAUUAAGAGAAGAGGGAAAGAUGGCGUCCUCUAACAAUCCCCGCAAAUUUAGCGAAAAAAUCGCUUUGCAUAACCAGAAACAGGCGGAGGAGACUGCGGCAUUUGAAGAAGUCAUGAAAGACUUGAACAUUACCAGAGCUGCACGGUUGCAGUUAAAGAAGACCCAGUAUUUGCAACUAGGGCAGAAUCGUGGACAGUACUAUGGAGGCUCACUGCCCAAUGUCAAUCAGAUUGGAAAUGGCAACAUUGACCUGCCUUUUCAGAAUUCAGUGCUGGACACCAGUCGCACAACCAGGCACCAUGGUUUGGUGGAUCGCGUUUACCGUGAUCGGAAUCGCAUCACGUCUCCCCACCGCCGACCUCUGUCAGUUGACAAACAUGGACGCCAGAUCGACAGCUGCCCCUACAGCUCAGUUUACCUCUCCCCACCACCAGACACAAGCUGGAGAAGGACAAAUUCAGAUUCUGCCUUACACCAGAGCGCCAUGAAUCCUAAACCCCAAGAGGUGUUUGCUGGUGGAUCACAGGAGCUUCAGCCUAAACGAGUGCCUGGGACGGAGAGCCCGGAGUCAAAUGCUGACAAGGAAGCACAGAAACAGCUAUGGAAUGACGAGAAGGGGGACUCACCAAACCCCAACACAUGUGAUGUCCCAGGAAUCAAUAUAUUCCCCUCACCAGACCAGGAAUUGAACCCGUCGGUGCUGCCUGCUGCACACAACACAGGCGGCUCAUUGCCCGAUCUUACCAACAUCCAGUUCCCUCCCCCGCUGUCCACUCCACUGGACCCCGAAGACACAGUUUCCUUCCCACCUCUCAGCUCGUCCAACAGCACAGGCAGCCUGACCACCAACCUCACCCAUCUGGGCAUCAGUGCGGCCAGCCAUGGUAACAGUAAUACAUUUCAUUGGAUCCCUACUUCCUCUCAGCCCAGUAUGACUGUAACAGAACAGCGCCGCCAGCCUCCUGUGGUGCCACUUACCCUCACCACUGACCUGCAUCUUCAGAAGUCCAGUCAGCAGCUGUCACCCACCCUCUCCUCACCUGUUAACAUGACGCAGGUGUUGUCAACGGAACAACUGACCCUAGAGCAGCAGCUUGCCCAGUUCCCACUUUUCAACCAGCUCACAGCUCAGGUCCAGGCACAGCUGCUCAGCGACCUGCAGAAGCAGACGCCACAGGGCAUUCAGCUCAUCACCCUGCCAACUCCUCCCUCCACCGGUACAGUCCCCGCCACUGCCAGCAGCCCCUCGCCAGACAGCCAGACCUCGGCCAGCAUCAGCUCGUACCGCAAUCAGACUGGCUCACCAGCCACUCAGUCUCCAACCUCCCCAGUCUCCAAUCAAGGCUUCUCCCCCGGCAGCUCUCCUCAACACAUUCCCGUGGUCGGCAGCAUAUUUGGUGACUCUUUCUACGAUCAGCAAGUGGCCUCAAGGCAGACCAAUGCUCUCUCUCACCAGUUGGAGCAGUUCAACAUGAUUGAGAACCCUAUAAGCUCAACCAGCCUGUACACACAGUGCUCUACCCUUAACUAUACUCAAGCCGCCAUGAUGGGUCUGAGUGGGAGCAGCCUACAAGACUCUCAGCAGCUGGGCUACAGUAGCCAUGGCAACAUUCCCAACAUUAUCUUAACAGUCACAGGUGAGUCUCCGCCAAGCCUCUCCAAAGAGCUCACCAAUUCACUGGCGGGCGUCGGCGACGUCAGCUUUGACGCAGACUCUCAGUUCCCCCUGGAUGAGCUUAAGAUCGACCCCCUCACCCUGGAUGGGCUGCACAUGCUCAACGACCCCGACAUGGUGCUAGCCGACCCUGCCACCGAAGACACGUUCAGGAUGGAUAGGCUGUGACGCGACACGCCGACUGAGUGCGGCGGUGAGCAACAAAAAGAAAAACACUAACUUGUGAAAGGAGCGUGAGAGAGACCAAGGGCAGGGUUGAACCCUCUCCCUAGUUGCAUGGCCAUCCAGCAGUCUGACCUCGUCCUCGACUCCGUGAAAGCCCUUUGACAUAAUGAUGCGCCACCAAAAGACAGCAGGGAAAAGGACGUCCUGUGGCAUUCCGGGGAAUAGCCUUGCUGUCCUUUUAAGAGAUUGGCCGCUCAGCGCUUUUGCUAGCACGGCUGUGUUUACAGUGUACCAUUAAAUACCACAUAUAUUCCAAAAAUACACAUUUGACUUUUUUUUUUUUCAUAUCCACUUUAAGAUGAUUUUGUUUAUAUUUGCUUGUAGCAGGAAGCUGCAGAGACAUUGAACUGUACGUAUCAAACCGGCCAUGUUAAAGGGAGGAAAAAAAAAAAAAAACGCUGCAGGUUUUCCUGCCUGCGUCAAACAAAUCGGGUAGUCUUGCAAAACAACAGCUGUCACACUCAAAGCUUUAUUUUUGACAACCAAAUGUUUUUUUCAUCAUGCACUGUAUGUUUUGAUGUUGUAUGUACGGAUAUGUUCUAUUUAUUAGGUUAAAUAUUUAUAUUCCAUUUCAUAUGUUUGAUGCCAAAAUGCUGUCAGAAGGCAUAGUGUAAAAUUGCACUGAUGUUUUAUUUAUGAAUUACCAAUGUAUUUAUUUCAGUGUCUGUGUUUAAGCAACUUGUUUAAUGAAGGAGUGCAAAACCUCCCCAUAGUUGCUCUUCAGUGUUCGAUGUGCCAUACUCAUUGCUGCAACCCAGAAGUGACAUUGAAAUCCUACCUAGUGCUGAAAAACAGCAGGCUCCAAACGCAGGGUUGUGUUUUUGUUGGGUUUUUUUGAUGAUCAGGUAUAACUAUUUAACUGGAAAGCAUCAUGAAUUUUCUCAAAAAUGUACAUAAACAUCACCAGACUGGUCCUUCUAUGAGGGAAGGAAGCUGUCAGGUUUUUUUGUUGUUUUUUUUUAAACCGGGAAAUGCUCAAAUCUUAAAUUUGUUUUGACGUCGUCACUGUGAAAUCACCUGAUUUUGCCUUACGUGAGUAUUCUACUGUUAAGUGUCUUUUCGUAACUUCUUGUAACAUUUUCUUGUAUUUGAGAGAGGCAUAUCUUUUGUUCUGUCCUGUUUGUGAUUUUCUUGUGUAAGGUCCGACAAAUCAAUGUACUGUAUUUUGUAGCGGUACAUUUUAUAACCAAAUUAUUGAUGUUUUAUAGAGCGGGUGGAGGAAAAAAAAAUGAAUUAUGGUGUAAAUGCAGAGGAGCGCAAUUAUGGGGAGGCUUUUUGCUCCUUGGAAGGGAAGCUCUAACAAAAAGCUGUUUUAACAUUUCCGCAGGAGGCAAACCAUGCCUCCCUAUGGGUGUUUUCAUACAAAUGUGCAAUUCCUGCAACAUAUUUAUAUUACCUGUAUUCUUCACAUAGGAAACGUAAAAUGGUCUAGUUCAGACAUAUUUAGCGUAUUUAGAUGGUUAAAUGCCAUUUUUCACAAGACUGGCUCAUGUUGUAACCAACGUGAAUGGGCACAAAAUCAAUCAGGGAUGUAGCAGAGUCUAAAAUUGUUUACAGAUGUUCCAAACAAAUGUUUACAAAGAGUUUCUCUGGUAACAUCAGCUAACACUUGAUCCAGAUUCAGCAGAAAACGACCCUUGGUGGCCUUUUGUCAGAGUUUCCCUGCAAUGCUUAUUGCUCUGUGAUCUUGAAGGCUAUAUUGUAAUGUGUGUGUGUGUGUGUGUGUGUGUGUGUGUGUGUGUGUGUGUGUGUGUGUGUGUGUUUAGACAUGCUGAUCAUUUGUGCUUAAUUAUUGGGAUCAAGUCCCAGCUCCACUGAGUGGGACUCACAUUUUGGUCGCUGCAGACUUUUUACUGUCGAGUCUCAGAAGCGUUGGUCUGCUGUACGUCUCCAUCCAAGCUCUUCUUUGCUUGACUUGUGGUUCCUAUGCAAGCGAGACUAAAACAUGAUAACGCUUAAAGGAAAAAUCCACCCAGGGGUUCCCACAUGCAGUCUGAUACGUUUGAGAAGAAAAGCUGCUUUUCUAAAUCAGUGGCAGCACAUUGGUUCCUAUAGAGCUUUAUACCAGACAGUCUUUUAUUUAUUUUGUAAAAGCAAAUACUGAGUUUAUCGCUUCUGUUGAAUCCCAGACUACCUUUUAAAUGAAGUGAUUACUGGUGUCCCGAUAGAACUUUUCCCCUUCCGAUACGACACUGAUAUCAGCACAAAUCAUACAUGCAAUGGAAUCUCUGUUCACGCCCACCCGGGUUAGCAUGUUUUCGGUUAGCGACGAAAAUUAACGCCAAAAUUUUGCCUCUGUUUUUUUACAUUUUGUCAUUAGCAUACAGUAUGGCGGCCAUCUUGUCGUGUUAUUAACACACUGCGUGAGUCCAGCUGGUUUCUUAAUGUAUUUUUUUUAUCACAAAAAUGACCUUGCUAGCAUCUUUAGCUUGCUAACAAAAUAGCAACCAGAACCGGAAAGCAGUUAAGUCUCCCGUCUUUGGUGUUGUCAGCGGUUGACUCUCAGAAAUGAUAGUUUUACUUGCAUAAAACAAUUUUAAAUGCAUGUAAGUGACAAAUGAAAGAGAUAAAUGAACAUUUAAGGUUACUUUUACCUUCACUGAAGUUCCCAAAGACACGAUGUGGCAGCAAGAUCAACACCUUCCUCUUCAACGCCACCUUCUUGGUGAGAAACACUAUUGAUUCAAGAAAUAACUCAUGGCAAAAGAGGGAAGUGUUGAUCACGUUACCACAUCGUGUCUUUGGGAACAGCUGCGUCAAGAAUCACGUCUUCCAUGAAGAUAAAAGUAACCUUAAAUUUUCAUUUAUCCCUUUCGUUCAUCAUUUGUAUACAUUUAAGGUUACUUUUACCUUCAUUGAAGAAGUGACUGUUCCCAAAGACACCAUGUGGGAGCGAGAUCAACACCUUCCUCUUGAACACCAACUUCUUGGUGAGAACCUAUUGGAUUCAAGAAAUAACUCAUGAAAAAAAAAAGAGGAAAAUGUUGAUCUUGCUACCACAUCGCGUCUUUGGCAACAGUUACGUCAAGAACCACGUCGUCAAUGAAGGUAAAAGUAACCUUAAAUGUUAAUUUAUCCCAUUUGUUCAUCAUUUAUAUGCAUUUAAAUUAUGUUGUGCAUGUACAGCGAUAAAAAUGUGACUAAUAAAACCAGGGGUGUUAAACUCGUUUUCACAGCGGGCCACAUCACAGUUGUGGUUGCCAUUAGAGGGCCGCAGCUUUGCCUGAAAUGUGUGUGCAACUGUUCAAGGUUCUCUUAGGAAACGUUUUGCCUCUCUUGUAAGCAGGCUUCAUCAGUUAAUGCUCAAAGACUAGAUAGGACAGCUCUAAUCUAAGCAAGAGCUAGGCAUUUAUUUACUCAGGUUGAGGUAUGACCUAACCAAGACUGGUUUUACUCGUUUGUGGUGCAUAACAACAGUCGUUAAGACAACGAGUAGGUAUUAAAACCUGACGUUACUCACCACCGACAGGCUGGUCAUUGAGCACAAUAAAUUGGCCUUUCUUCUCUGUUGCAGCUAAUGACUUGUUGCCGUCCCGUGGGAGUUCUCACGCUUUGUAAAGUGUUUGAGGGAGCGAGAGGUUUGGUUCUUCACCUCCUGCUGUAUUUUGUGAUGCUGCUUUAAAUGCGCGAUGAGGUUGCUCGUAUUAAACUUCCCCAGUUCUGUGCCAUCACGGGAAACUUGUGCAUGACAAGUUUUGCACUCAGCUGCAACAUCUUUUUUUGGACUUUUUCACCAACAUCACUCCUGCUUCUUGCUAACUAGGUUUGUUGGCGCACGCUGCUGUUGUGAUCACGUGGGUGCUAUACAGACGCUGUUGGAUAGAAGUGCUGGAGCGGAGUCUGGAAUGGACUGCUUUUAUCGGAGGGCUUUGAUUUUAGAUGCAGGCUGAUAUGUUCCACUACUCGUUUUUUUGCUGAUAUCAGACUGAUAUCAUUAUCUUGUGAGGUUGUUAUCUGCACUUUCUAAAGCCACGUCCACGCUAAAACGGAUAUUUUAAAAGCACAUUUUUUUGAAUGAUUUGACCUCUCGUCUACAAAAAAGCGUUUUGUUUUUUUUGUCUUUUGGAAAAAUCCGUCCAGUUAACACAUACUGUAGCUUUUUGGCUUGUGUCAUAACAAGCGACAGUACCUCAUGUAUUUAAACCUUAUUUGACAACAGAACAUGAACUUAUUAACUUACGAGGUUUUGUUUUGUUCCGUGCAGCUGAAGACCUUCAUGAUGUUUCCUGGGCUCUGUAUAAGCGAGCGCUGAUUUUAAAUAUAAUGUACACUUGACUGUUCAUCUAAUACCUCACUAUAUUAAGGAACAGAAGCGUUACAGUGCGCAACCAAGUCAGCUGUGGUUGCUAUUGGCCAAUGUGUUUUUGUUUUGUUUUUUUUAACUCCACUUGUGUGGAUGGAGUUUUUUUUUUUAUGUGCAUUUUUGAAAAUAUCCGAGUUGUUUUGGACAUCAUUGCUGUCAAAAUUUGCAUUUGGAAACAAGGGAAUUUUUUGGGAAAAUAAGGGAAUCUGGUUUUCUAAUAAAAUUCCCUGACUUUUUGGUUUUGUGAUGCAAAUAUACCACUUUUUUUUACUGCGUGUAUUUUUGAGAGGCCAAACUCUUAACUUAAGUGGCCCCAGCAACUAACCGCAACUACGUUCCUCAUCACCGAAAUCCGGCCAUAACUGGGCUCAUGCGACCAAGUCGCAAUUGAUGCACUGCACUGCUGAUGAAAAAAUCGGAACUAUCCCUUUAAGUACCAAAUGUGCUGCUGUACUGUAAUUUGGAAUAAGUGAUAAUAGCUGCUGAUGUUGUUCCGGCAGGCCACCCAAUCAAUAGUUUUCUCUGUCGAGAGUAAUUAUUAUAGAAUUUAUUCUGGUAACGUGGGACCUCUGCUUAGCUCUGCUGUGGUCUCUGUGGCAAUCAAUCCCCAAAUUGUGCACUUAAAUGCAUUUAACCACCAGAGGAAGAUAAAGUAUGACUCCAGCCUUGUUUCUUUCAUCAGUGUACGCGUUCUUUUGAAAUCCCUCAUCCUGUCUGCUUGGAGUUGCCACGUCUUUGUCUCUGCCUUGUCCAAUGUGGAGAUUUCCUCUGCUUCAAACUUGACUUAAAUGAAAAGAUUUGUCAUGAAAUUAGAGAUUAGAGGCAUGUAGAGAACACUUGAGCUGGAUUUUUCCUUUAAGGCAACAAAUGUUCUUUGUGGGUGAAGCGAUGUUUUCAUUCAAACAUACGAAACGGAACAUGGACGGCCUUUGGAACUUUUUUGUAAUUUUUGUCUGUUGUCAUUGUACCUUGUACAUAUACGCUAUAGUUCAAACAAAAUGCAUGAAAAGCCGGACAGUUCACACCUCUCAAUGUAAGGCCUUGCUAGUUCCACAGGAUGGGUUGGUGUAACAUAGAGCUGUCACAAAGUCCAGAGGGAUGCAUGUAGGGUGCAACAGUUAACUCCGUUUCCUGUUUAGUGACUCUGUUACCUCCAAGUCUGUAUAAUACUACUUCACGACUUACCAUAAAAGAAUGUAUUUAUUGUGGCAGUAUCCUGGUCGCCAAAUGACACGUGGACUCGUGUCCCCGUUUGUCGUCCUGUUGCGCGCUUUCUCUUCCCGCUGUAGCGUCACCUCACCACAUGCAAGCGCGUUAUCUCGUAAGGAAAAAAAAAAAGCAUCCGGUCCCUUCCUCUUCGGUCUCGUCUGGCAGAGAUGGCAGUUUUGCACUGUUUUUUUGUUUUGCGUUGGUGGACCUGAAGCUUCUGUGUUCCAGUCAGCUGCAUGACCUGAUGCACAUUGAGCAGAUUAGCGUCCCAUGUAAGCUAUCACACUUUGCUCUAGCUAUGCUCAAGUGACUUUUUUUUUUUUUUUUUCGACAUCAGAUAUGAUUGUUUGGUUUUUGUUUGUUUUUCUUGUAUCGUUGCCUAUCAUGUCAAGUGUUUGGGUUUUUAUUUUGUUUGUUUGUUUGUUCCUUACAUGUUUUUGUGCGCAAUGUUUAGUCCUCUAGUUGCUUCGCACUUUAUUUGUGACUUCCUGGCUUUUGAACCGGGACUGAUUUGCCUGAUUUGAAUGCUGACUGUUUUACACCAGAUGUAUACUCCGGAAAUAUUUUCAUGUGAAAGAAAAGACUGAAGUCUCUAUUUUCCUGUUGUAAACUGUAUUUUGUUGUUUUUGUUUUUUUAUCUGUGAAGAUUUUAGGGGAUGCAAAUAUAGAAAGGGCUUACUUUGGUGCAGCUUGUACUCUUGUGUUGCAAAGGAACGUCACUCCGAAUGUAAUUCUUGUCGAUCGUUUAACCUCCCUCCGCACACACAAAAGUCGCCCCGAGCUGUGAUUGUGUUGUAAUAAAAUAACAGUACAGCUGUCCCUCGCCACUUUUGCGCUUUGAAUUUCGUGGUUUAACUCUAUCACAGUUUUUCAAAAAUAUAAAAAUGAAUAUGACAUUAUUAGUCAAAACAUAUCCAUAUUCAGGCAAAUGUUAUGUAUUUUUGCUUAAAUUAAGUAUUUUAAAGCAUAAAAAUGGCUAAAUGAACUGAAAUUUCAAAAGCUGGAUUCAAAGACGUUGAUGAAAUGUAGUAUUCUUCACUUCUCACUAGGUGUCGGUAAUGUUACUGUAAUGUUCGGUGAGACACGCAAGGAUCAAACUUGAUCGCCGUAACAACAGGCCUUUAUUGCAGGUUUGAAUUGUCUCACAACAGACACAAUAAUCCCUAAUAGAAACGCAGUCGUCACUCAUGAAAAGCCGAAACUCUGAAUCCAUGAUGUCACUUCAUGCCCACCUCUCUUUAAGGUUUGCGAGGGAACACGUUUAUAGUAACACACACAAGCACGAGUCUUAAAUGGCUUUGUCUACUAAAUUGGGUAUUACGAGUGUAAAGAUGACUAUGAGGUGUUAUUUCACAUCUAGAGGGCUCUUAUAAUUUAAAAAAAAAACGUAUUUAGAAGGUCACAAACAGGUUUUCUAUGCUCUACGAAAAUAUUCAAAUAAGGAAUCAUACGAAAAUUGACAAUCACGAUCUGUUCGGAGCCAGUUAACCAUGAUAAACAAGGGACCGCUGUACUGCGAACCUGUCAACGUUUGCAUUUGAAAAUAAGUUAAAAUUUUCCAGAAAUUAAGGGAAAUUCUAAACUUUCCACCAGAAUGUCCACUGGAUUUUUUUUUUUUUUUCAACACAAUGGGAGGGCGUCAGGAAAGAAGAGCAAAAUUUGAGAGGGUUGACGGCUAUGCUGCAAACUAACUAGGAAUUUAGUUCAAACGUUAUGUUUUACGAUGUCACAAGAGCACGCUUUAUAUAAGAAUAACUUUGCUACACAAGAUGCUUUCUGCAGGUGAGUGUGUAUUUGUCUGAAAGGCUUUUAUUGUGUCAGACAUCGAAGGUGCUCUUCAGCUUGCAUGGCGAUGGAAAUUCUGAUCGAAUAAUGUGCAAGAGACACAAGUUAGGCAGCUAAUACAACUUUAACUGACGUAAGGAAUAUGGAUGACAUCGUUCCUUAUGAUAACUUGGUAGCCAGUCAGCUGUUUGUCCUUUUUCUUUUGAGGGGGAGAAAGCUUUAGUCAGGCCGUGUAUGAAUUUUGCAAUAUUUGACGGUUGUGUUGAAAAGGUGAUCGCAAAUGCAAACUACAGGACGCACAGAUCACCUGUCAGCUGAUCUGCAUGCUUUGGUUGGAGACAGGUUUUACCUGCAGGGUGUCCAAAGUUUUUCCUCUGAGGAUGCAGGGAGCCACAAUCCGAUGUAGGUCAGCAUAUGCUAAGCUAUCUGAACCAAACAUCCCGUUUUGUGUUAUAGGUGACAAAGCAAAUCAGUGUAAUAUGGAAUACUAUAUCUCAUUGAUAAUUCAUUUAAUUUUUAGACUAUAAUAGCCACUGGGCCGCACGUCGGACACCCCUGAUUUAGCAUAACAUGCACUCAUCUUGCGUUAAAAGUUCAUAUAUGGCAGGGGUGUCCAAAGUUUUCCCAGCGAGGGCCGCAUUAGGUCAAAUCAAAGGAUAUGGGGGCCCACUUUGAGAUUCUACAUUUUGUAAGCCAACCCAACAAGCUAUAUAUUUUAAGAAAAAAACAACCUGACUCUCAGCUUUGUGAUAUCGGCGACAACACCUAUCAUUACUUUUUCUCCACUGGUCGUUUUUUCCAUUUUUGUUGUUUUUUAAUUUUACAAGUAUUUCAUCUGUCGUCUUGUACAUUUUUUCAUAAUGCUGUGAAUUUAUUCCCAUAAUAUUUUGACUUUAUCCUUGUGUUAUCACCACUUUUUCCCAACCUAAUUUUCCAAAAAUUGCAACUUUAUUCUUUGUUUUGUUACUAAUAUUGCUGAAAUGAUUGCAGACAUUUUAUUUUUCUCAUAGUAUUAUGAUAUGCUCAUAAAAUGUUUUGUCAUGUUAGAUUUUUUUUUUAUACUAAGACUUCAUUCUAACACUUUUACUUUAUUCUCUAAAUUACUGCUCUUUUUCCAUUUUUCUUGUUUAACUGUAUAUUUUUCAAAUAUGUCAUAGACCGAUAAAAAACUGGCCACCUGCCACACUUUGGACACCCCUGACUUAGGGAAUACCGUCUCUCGACUGAAGAAAGCAGUCGAGUGACUCUAAAAGGGCGUUCUGUGUUCUCAAGGCAUGUUCUUCAGUUAGUCCUUAUCACCUGUUUGUUUUAGGUCUGAAUAAAAAGGUCCCUUUAAUUACACACAUUUUGAACUGUACAGUUCAUCGAAAAGUGGACAAGGCUUCAGAAAACACAAAGUUUAAGUUCCUCUUAAAGCUUAUAGUGAGAAUAGCAUUUUAUCACUGUUGUCCUGUAAGUCGUAGUAAAAGAUCUGUAGGUAUUUAUUUGAUGCCAUGUGAUUCUCCUAAUGUGACCGUUUGUUUAUAAACUGAAAGAAAAAUGUCAAUUAAAUCUGAAUGUGGAUGA